UCUCAUCCCCACGCCUAUGAAACUGCUGCCUUGACCUCCCAGCAGCGCCAUGCCUGCCGCUGCCCUCCGCGAUCCUCCCCGUUAGGCGCUCGCCUCCAGCGGCUCUUUCAGCACCCUGGACAGCGGGCGGCUACCCCAAGGAGUCCGCGCGGAGGGCGUGAGCGCAGCUUUUCCGAGGGAGAGGCGAAAAGUCGGAGCGUCGAGCCGAGCCGAGCCCAGCUCGUCUCUCUCUCUCUCUCUCUCUCUCUCUCUCUCUCUCUCUCUCUCUCUCUUGCAUGCCGGCUUGCGGUUUUUAGGGAGGGCGCUUCUCACGCAGUCCUGAGCAGCGGGAGCUGACGGAGCUGCCAGGUAGCCGCGGAACCAGGCGCCGGGGAAAACUCUGCUCUCCAACCACAGAGAGGGCUUGCCCCUCCCCCUCCUCCCCGUCUCUCUCUCUCUCUCUUCCCCCACAUCAGAAGCGGAUCGUGCCCAACCAGCCUUGCCAGGGAAAUGCUCGCAGUAGGGCACUGGUCCCCACUCGCCUGCUGAAGAUCGCUGCCCUUCUUGGUUUGGGGGAACGUGCGUGGUUGUCUUUUGAUUUUUUUUCCUCCACCCCCCCGCCCCGCGCGCCAUUACCCCGAUGUGACUUUUUCCUCCCUCUCGCUCUGGAAUGAUGGGGAUCUUUUGGGCUCCUGUCGGAUUCCUUUUCUUACCGGUGUUGUAUAUUCAGCCAGGACUUUCUUCUCAAGCCAAAUUUACCGAAUUCCCUCGAAAUGUCACAGCGACUGAGGGGCAGAAUGUGGAGAUGUCUUGUGCAUUCCAGAGUGGCUCUGCCUCUGUGUAUCUGGAAAUCCAGUGGUGGUUUCUACGGGCAGCUGAGGACCAAGAACCUGGAGCUGAGCUGACAGGCACUCAGGUGGAGCUCUUACCAGAGAGAGAUUUGGACAAUGAUGGAACAAAAAUAAGCGUAAGUAUAUGAUAAAAUAGACGUUUCCU